AUGUCUACGAGCGAUCAAGGAGAAAAUCUGCCAUCGCGUCAGGAAUCCACAGAAGACACAGUCAUACAAGAUCUGCCGCCUCAAGAUGGGAGUUCAGACGGUGAGGGGGGCGAACGCACCGCGCGGGAGAAACUGAAGAAGACAUCAAUCGCAGGACUUUCACAAUACUCCAAGGCAAAGCCUGGGGAGAUUGGGGACCAUCUUGUGGGCGACGCCACAGGUGUCGAAACUGCGCCUGAGUUGCAAAGCGAAAACGGACUGGUACGAGGCCGGCCUUCCAAGAAACGAUCCUUUGAAGAUUUGCAGAACGAAGAGUCUGGACCUGGUGUCGAGAACGGAGGCCCUCCUUUGCCAAAGAAGGGAAGCCAGCACAAGAGAAUGAGAUCCCGGGAGAUCUCAGGGAACGAUGAGGAGAUACAGACGUUUGAAAAAUACGAGGACAUGGCGAGUCCAGUCCUGGAAGAGAGUGAUGCAGAGGCGCAACAGUCUCCAGGCGGGCCUGGGGUCCUAGUUUCGGCGCCUUCAAAGGAGGAAAUGGACACAGCAGCUAGUGUACCGGGCCUGGAAGAUGCAACAGCAGAGGUUAGACUACCUAAUGUUGCCUCUAUCUCGGAGAAGCAGCCGGCUGCUACAGAGCCUUCGACCAAAACCAUUCCGCCGCCAGAACAAGCAGCUAAAUCGCAGAUCUCAGUAUCAUCUGGCUUUGCUAACACGUCAACGGCAUCUCCAUUCAGUAGCUUCAAAUCGCCCAAAUCACCCGAGAAGGAGGUCGAAUCAACUUCAUCUCCUGGUAACGGCACUUCAAACUCUGCUUUCGCUUCUUCCAGCCUAUCUGCAUUCGCUGCGUCCGAAAAGUCACCUUUCGGAGCUGUAGGCGCAGCCGCCAAAGCUGGUGGUGGAUUUGGUGACAGCAGAGGAACGAGCGGCUUUGCGUCGACUUCUGGCGGGUUCGGAGGUGCAUCACUGUUUGCAAGUAAGCCCAUGUCAGGGUUUGGUUCAGGAGGCGGAUUUGGCUCAGCUGCUGGAUUUGGAGGUGGAAGCGGAUUUGGAAGUGCUGCGAAGCCACUUGGUUCGGGCAUCUCUCCAUUUGCUGCUCCCUCGGGGACGGCGGGCGCGUUUGGAAAACCCAAACCGUUCGGAGCAAAAUCAAAUGAAGAAGAGGAAGAAAGUGAAGACGGAGGUGAAAACGACGAAGCCCAGCAACCUGGGGAAGAAGUCGAGCAAGAUCCGAGAUUCCACGAGCAAGAGCUCAACACAGGAGAAGAAGACGAGAAAACCAUCUUCAGCUGUCGGGCGAAGUUAUAUCACUUUGACAGGGAAUGGAAAGAAAGCGGCCUAGGAGACUUCAAGAUCAACAUGCGAUAUGAAGCAAGAUCAACGGAGCAGACCCUUACCACGGAUGACAAGAAUGCAGCAGGCAAAGAGACCAAAGAUGAAAACGAAUCUGGAGACGCAACUGAGGAAGAUAUCGAAGCUGCAAUCGACGGAGGCGAACCUGAAUCGUCUAUGACUCUUGAACGCAGAGGACGACUGAUCAUGCGGGCGAUGGGCACACAUCGUCUACUGCUCAACACGCCGGUAUUCAAAGAGAUGAACGUGGGCACGCACGAUGGCAAAGAACCGAGUGGGAAGACUAUGCAUCUCACCGGUCUGGAGGGAGGGAAACCAACGGGAUUUCAGAUAAAGGUUGGUAAAGAAGAGACCUUGAGGGAAAUCUACUACAAGAUCCGGGAAUUGCAGGAAGAGCUGUGA